AUGUUGGCGGCCGAAGUUGGUCCGGAUGAGCGAGAUGGUCGUUUCGUGAGUGGUCGUUCCGGUAACUCUCAAGCUGCUGCUGGAGCUUCGGAUGUGCCGUUGAACGCGGCCCCCGGUAACAUGGCGCCAGGUAACAUGGCGCAAGGUAACAUGGCGCAAGGCAACAUGGCGCAAGGCAACAUGGCCCCCGGGAACAUGGUCCCCGGGAACAUGGCGCCAGGGAACAUGGCCCCCGGGGGCAUGGCAGGUGGAGGUGGAGGCGGGGGCGGAGGUCCGGGUGGCGGACCCCCAGGCCCGGGUGGGCAGAACCUGUUUGUGUCAGCGGCGCGGCGGUUGACGGCUCGUGAGAACCCGUUAGCGAGCUACAGUUCAUUCUGCUUUCUGUAUUCGUCGUUUUUCGACUGGUGUUGUUCGACGGUGCCGCCUAUGAGUUGCUCCUUACGUGAAAUUGCCUUCGUUGUAUUUGUGGAGCUCUGGAGUCGGCUGUUACCGGUAGACCAGAAGAAGUCUGAGUCAUUUCUCCGUAAGUUUGCUGACCCACAUUUUAUAGCGCAUCAUAGUGAGAUAUCUGAGAUGCGUCGUAUCAAGUCACUGGUGAACGUGAGAGACACGUCGUUUGUGAGUCGGAUACUCCGAGGGGAGAAGUUCAACCUGCACGUGGACUUAUUGACGCGCAAGCUGUUGACGACGCGACUAACAUUGGAGAACGACACGGUGAUAUUGGACAUACUACAGAAACGAAUCCAAUUUGAAACGCCCUCGGAGAAGGGAAGUGUGUCAGCAGAUUCCACCCUGGCCGUAAUUGCCUCGCAAACGUUCCGCUCGCCCGUUUCCCGGGAUGUAGGCGGAGCUAUAGUAACACCGAGUCUCGCGCUGCUUUCCGGUUUGCCACCGCCUGACCUGGGUAGCGAGAAUCUGGACGCCAGUUUUCGUCCUUUCGCUCCGGAGCCGGCUUCCUCGGUUUUGCCCGCACAGUUGGCUUCCUUGUACCGCACGCCGUAUGCAACACGUCUUAAUUCUCCCGGAGAGGAGUUGCCAGCCCUUGACUGGCGUAUCGACCAAGAGGCAAAGCGCCGCUAUACCAACUUCCUACGUCGCGCAGAUGUGGGGAAGGAUUUGCUACCGAGUGUGCUUAAUUUCCGGAUUAAACGCCAACGAGUGCGAGGCCUCUUCAGCAAGAGCUUGCCCUCCCGUGACCCGGCCUUGGAACCUGACCAAGGGCAGGUACACUCGGCGGUGGUAAACCCUGUGGGUACAGGACAAGUGUGUGUGUGCGAUAACACAUGUUUGUGGGUGUUCGAUGCGGCCGAAUCGCAGUGGGCACAUGCAGCAGAGCUUUAUGCAGAGGCGGUGGUUACGCCAUGGGCUCGGGGAUUUGUAGAACACGCGCGUGGUAAGGAAGAUGACGUGUUGGAUGAGUUGGUGAUACUGAACCGAACACAGGAAAUUAACUACACCCACAACACAGCAGGCGAAGCGAAACAGCCACAUGUAGGUGUAAGAUGUCUAACUGGACAUGCCAGCACACCUAUAUCUUUCAAGUUCGCCCCACCCUUUCUAACUGGUGGCUCGAUGUCCUUAGGGCUCAGUGGCGGUUAUGAUGAGAAGCUAAUUUUGUGGGACAUUAAAACCGCCCAGAAGCUUCACACAUACCGUUGCGGCAGUGCUGUUAACGCCGUAGAUGUCGACCCCUACGGUUACCUCUUCGCUUCUGCUCAUCAAGAUCGCGCUGCUUGUCUUUGGAGCAUGGACCGUACAAAUCCUCUUCGUGUAUUGCCGAGACAUUACAGCGCUGUUGAGGCCGUAGCAUUCCACCCCAACUCCAUCCUUUUAGCGACCGGUUCUGCCGACGAAUCACGUCUACGUAUCUGGGACCCACGCGUGCCCGAUAUCGUCGGAGCUAUUACCGGCAUCUCACAACCCAGGCUCAUCUCAUUUGCUCCUAAUGGAAGGCUCAUAUGUGUUGGCGGGUACUCCUCUACUUUACAUGUCUGGGACCUCGUUGCUGCCAAACUCUUCGCGGUACUCGAUAUCUCCCCUGCCAAUGCUCCUAACGUCAAUGCCUCUAGCAACGUCAAUACCUCUAGCAACGGCCAACCCUUUCCCGUCGCCGUCUCCUUCAGCAACAACAGCCAACUCGUAGCCACCUGCUGUAACCGCGGCGUCGUACGACUAUGGGACCCCGCAAGUGAAACUCGUGGACUCGCACCACCUGACGACCUACCCAUGACCGAAGUCACCUCUUCUGCCACUCAUACACAACGAUCCAACCUACUCCAAGAAAUCAAUCUAGGACCCGGCAAAAAAGCCAUCGGCGCCCAAUUCACCGAAACCAACGUUCUAAUCGUCCCUUCAGUCGCCUAA